CCGGCAUUUCAUCACAUAGAGUUUCCUCCUCUUGCCCAGUGGGACAGUUGGGCCUCAGCUCCAUUCAACCCACAAGCCACGCGAACAGGAACCAGCGAUGAGCAAGUCCUACUCCUCCUCGGCCCAGUCGGCCUCCUCCUACCGCCGCACCUUCGGCUCCGGCGUGGGCUCGACCCCCAUGUCGUCCCUCUUCUCCUCCCUGGGAGGAGGCCGCAGCUCCUCCAGCCACAUGUCCGCCAGAGUCUACGAGGUCAAGAGCUCCGGCGCCCCCUCCUACUCCAGCUACAGGGCCGCGGGAGCCGGGCUCGGCUCCUCCUCGGCCGUGCGCGCCUACUCGGGCGAGAAGCUCGACUUCAACCUGGCCGACGCCAUGAACCAGGACUUCCUCAACACGCGGACCAACGAGAAGGCCGAGCUGCAGCACCUCAACGACCGCUUCGCCAGCUACAUCGAGAAGGUGCGCUUCCUGGAGCAGCAGAACGCGGCGCUGACCGUGGAGAUCGAGAAGCUGAGGGGCCGCGAGGGGCCCGGCCGCGUGGCCGAGAUGUACGAGGAGGAGAUGAGGGAGCUGCGGAGGCAGAUCGAGGCCCUGUCCAACCAGCGCGCGCGGGUGGAGGUGGAGAGGGACAACCUGGCCGAUGACCUGCAGAAGCUGAAGCUGAGGCUGCAGGAGGAGAUUCACCAGAAGGAGGAGGCUGAAAACAACCUGUCCGCCUUCAGAUCUGAUGUUGAUAACGCCACUCUGGCCAGGCUGGACCUGGAGAGAAGGAUUGAGAGUCUGCAGGAGGAGAUUGCAUUCCUCAAGAAGAUCCACGAAGAGGAGAUCCGCGAGCUGCAGAGUCAGAUGCAGGACACUCAGAUCCAGAUCCAGAUGGACAUGUCCAAGCCUGACCUCACGGCUGCUCUGAGGGACAUCCGCAUGCAGUACGAGGCCAUCGCCGCCAAGAACAUCGCAGAGGCCGAAGACUGGUACAAAUCCAAGGUGUCUGAUCUGAACCAGGCUGUGAACAAGAACAAUGAUGCGCUGCGUCAGGCCAAGCAGGAGAGCAUGGAGUACAGACACCAGAUCCAGUCCUACACCUGCGAGAUCGACUCCCUCAAGGGCACCAACGAGUCUCUGCUGCGCCAGAUGAGAGAUAUGGAGGAUCGCAUGGGCCGCGAGGCUUCUGGUUACCAGGAUACUAUCGCACGGCUGGAGGAGGACAUCGCUAAGAUGAAGGAUGACAUGGCUCGCCACCUGAGGGAGUAUCAGGACCUCCUCAAUGUGAAGAUGGCCCUGGAUAUUGAAAUCGCCACCUACCGCAAGCUGCUGGAGGGAGAGGAGAGCAGGAUCACUGUACCUGUCCAGUCUGCUUAUUCCUCCAUUGGAUUCAGAGAGACCAGUCCUGAGUCGCAGCAACAGCGCGGCUCAGAGAUGCACUCCAAGAAGACGGUCCUCAUCAAGACCAUCGAGACCCGCGAUGGAGAGAUGAAGUUUUCUAUGAGCCAGGGCUCUAGUGCCCAGAGUGUUGUCAGCGAGUCCACACAGCACCAGCAGGACAUCAUGUAAACAACAAAGGCAACAUAAAAGACAUUAGCGGAAUUAUAAUAAAAAUAGUUUCAAAUGUACAUUCUCCCACAGCUACUAGCAUGAUUUAUAAGCUGAGCCCACGUUCAGUAGAAAGUAAAUGCAACCAGUGUGUUACAAAGACAAUGAACAGGUCAAAGGUAGUAUAUGAUGCUGGUUUUAAACAAAGGGCAUUCCAGGAACCCAUGGUUUAUUCAUUUCAUUCAUACUCUCUGUCUCCAAAACAUGCAAAUGUUUGUAACAGGUUUUCUAAAGCCAGUUAAGUGUUUCACAUUAUCAGUGGUUUGCAAAGUGCAAGACAGAUGAAUGGGCUUGAGACGCGUUCUGUUGGUGUGAUUUUACCUGCUAACGAAGUCCAAAUGUAAUUAUCAAGAGGGAUUCUUCUAACGUAACUUAUUAAAGGCGGGCGAGGUGCUGGUCUACGGUUUGUAAUGGCAGAAAUCAGUCAUGUCUAAAGUUUGAGGUCAGCAGCGUGUGCUGGGGGACUGCACGUGUAUGGACGGCCAUGGCAACUAUCACUGUGAUAAAAGCUCCAAUAAAGACAUUUGUUAUUA